AUCUCAUUCACCUCCUGAUCGAAGAUGGAUCUGCAAAUCUCAGUUUUUCUUCUGUUUAUUCUUUUCACUACAGGACACUCUCUCAACUGUUAUGACUGCGCAACUCUGUCGGGCUCUUGUACCCAGACAAGUCAGUGUUUUACUGGAUUUACCAACUGCUUCAGCGCAACAGUUACUGUCAACAGUACUACAGUGAAGGUUAAAAGUUGUGCUCCAGCUGUCUGUCCAAGUGGAUCCAUCAACCUCGGCAUUGGAAAAGGCUCUUCUCUGUGCUGUAACACUGAUCUCUGUAAUGUCCAAGAUGCUCCAGAUCCCAGCACUAACGCUCCCAAUGGAAAGUCAUGUUUCUAUUGUGAUGGACAGAGCUGCUCAAACACAGUGAGCUGUUCAGGGAGUGAAGACCGCUGCUUUAAUGCAACAGGUGAGAAUCUGGAAAAGAAAGAAGUGACUAUUGGACUCCAGUCACAGGUUUUUAAAGGCUGUGUCUCUAAAUCUCUUUGUGAUGCCACAACAUUGAUUCCUAAUGUAGAAAGUGUCUCAUGUUGUGAGGGGAACCUGUGUAACGGUGCUAAGAGCGUCACUCAGAGCUUCCUGUUCCUCUGCUGUUCUCUGCUCUCCUUUAUCCUGCUGCACUGAAUCCAGCGGCUCAACACAUUCUACAUCAGCAGCAAAGACACAAUAUUGUGUGCUUUACAAACAUAUAGCUUGUAUUACCUCUGUACUAUCUUUGAUUUGGUGUAAAUAAUUUAACAAGAUAAACAAAAUCUGAUAAUUGAGAUGCUGUAUACUGUAUAUAUUGUCAACACAAUAUUAACAUAUUGAAAAUGAAUUACUUUAGAUUCACUGAAUAUUUACUCAACUCAUUGCUGUCAGAAACUGCAGAAGGAUGUUCCACUAAAUCCAUCUGUGAUGGCAGGUGUAACACCUUUGCAGUUUUAUGUAGGCCUAUUUUGCUAUAUUGGUAAAUUCUUUGUUUAAAGAGGACAUCGGAUGCCCAAGUUGGUAUGAUUCUUUAGGGUCUUCAUGAAAUGUAUAUAACAUACUUUGGUUAAAUUCCUCAAUGGUCGUGUAAAAUAACACCCUUUUUACCUUGUCCAAAUCUGCUCCGUUCACAGCGACCUAUUUCGGUGCUUGUCUCUUUAAAUGAUCAUGAGUUACUGUUCACUCCACCUCUCUUCUUCCUCUUUUUAUUUUUUUCCAUCAAAAACAAAACUAAUCCACUGCGUCCUCAGUGGCUCUAAUGUCGGGAGAGAAUGAAGACUCUACGCCUGUUUCGCACCGCAAGCUUGAGCUUCGUGUCAGCGCUUCAUCGUCAUCGGUGGUUGUGUCCACACACUGCUAAGACACAUUUAUAUGCAAACACCAUAUAAUAUGAAUUUUGCAUCCGAUGUCCCCUUUAAUUUGUAUCUAUGCUCUUGAGGUGAAGAGGGUAAAGGUGAUAAAUCUGUAACUCAAGGCUACAUGAGCCUCAUGUCAU